CUACCGUCGGCACACAAAAUAUAAUCGUCGGCUAAAUAAUAUCCCUUAUGGCCUGGCGUUUUUGAGAGUAGGCAAUUUCAAUGACGACGCCUGGAUAUCUUCCAUCUUCACGCGAGAUAAUCGAUCUAAUGGAGAUCUGUGCAGCAGCCGGCUGGAGCGAAUACCACCUAAUCCAACUCUCACAGGUGGAAAAAUUUAAGAAUCUCUAGUGAAUGGCUAGAAAACUAGCUACUGGGGGUUUGGUCCAUCGAGGAUCAUCACUGGAAUGGAUAGACGAGACAGGUUCCGGUUUUCCAAAGGCCAUGCUUCUACCACCAUUGAAGAAUCCAGUCAUCUUCUCUCAUGAUCUAUUCUGCCUCAGCUAUCUUGGCCGGUUUCUCAGCGCUUGCAAGCUGCCUUAUAGUUCCCCAGCUUCACCUGACCAUCCAGGCUCCGCCCAAGCAUUUCAAUCUGCUGUCGAGCAUUCGUCAAUUCUUUCUGCUGCAUAGAAUGGUAUAGCCAUCUCCUGGCCCUGUGGGCUCUUUGGGCAAAUUGAUGGAACCGCCUGUGCUGGCCGAUUGUGGUGUUCAAAUGAGCUUCCGCAUUCUGGGUUGAGCGCUCUCGCAACAGGUCUCAAUGUGAUGUUGGCCAUAUAUAUACAGCAGGUCUAUAAACAAGCAGGGUAUAGCAAAUCAAUCCUC